AUGACUAGUAAUAUUAAUGCAUUAGCAAUCUCUAGUGAAUCUGGCUUUUAUAGCUACUUACAGAAAAUUAACAAAAUUCCUUCACUAACGCAAGAAGAAGAGUUUUUGCUGGCUAAAUCUUACUUAGAGCAGAAUGAUCUGCAAGCGGCACAUAAGCUAGUAACUAGCCAUCUUAAGUUAGUUGCAAAAAUUGCAACUGGUUAUAGAACUUAUGGUUUUACUGUUACCGAAUUAGUAUCGGAAGGUAAUAUAGGUUUAAUGCAAGCAGUGAAAAAAUUCAAUCCUGAGCUUGGUUUUCGUUUGUCAACUUAUGCUAUAUGGUGGAUUAAAGCUGCUAUCCAAGAAUAUAUAUUAAAAUCUUGGUCAUUAGUAAAGAUGGCUAUUACAAGCGAUGAUUUUGUCCAAAUCGCUGAUGAAUUAGGCGUUUCAAGUAGAUAA